GAGGAGGAGGAGGAGGAGGAGGAAGACACCCGCACCCGCCCGAAGAUGGAGGUGUCCGCGGAUCAGCCGCGGUGGGUCAGCCACCACCACCCGGCCGUGCUCAACGGGCAGCACCCGGACUCCCACCACCCCGGGCUGGGCCACUCCUACAUGGACCCCACGCAGUACCCUCUGGCCGAGGAGGUGGAUGUACUUUUUAACAUCGAUGGACAAGGCAACCCCGUGCCCCCCUACUACGGCAACUCCGUGCGAGCCACCGUGCAGCGGUACCCGGCUGCCCACCACGCAGGGAGCCAGGUGUGCCGCCCGCCGCUGCUGCACGGCUCGCUGCCCUGGCUGGACGGCAGCAAGGCCCUGGGCAGCCACCACGGCGCGUCGCCCUGGAACCUGAGCCCCUUCUCCAAGACGUCCAUCCACCACGGCUCGCCGGGGCCGCUGUCCGUCUACCCGCCCGCCUCGUCGGCCGCGCUCUCGGCCGGCCACUCCAGCCCGCACCUCUUCACCUUCCCGCCCACGCCGCCCAAGGACGUGUCGCCCGACCCGGCCAUCUCCACGCCCGGCUCCACGGGCUCGGCGCGGCCGGACGAGAAGGACUGCGUCAAGUACCAGGUGGCGCUGCCCGACGGCAUGAAGCUGGAGUCGUCGCACUCGCGGGGCAGCAUGGCCUCGCUGGGGGGCGCCCCGGCCGCGCACCACCCCAUCUCCUCCUACCCGCCCUACGUGCCCGAGUACGGCUCCGGACUCUUCCCGCCCAGCAGCCUGCUCGGGGGGUCGCCCACCGGCUUCGGCUGCAAGGCCCGGCCCAAGGCGCGCUCCAGCACAGAAGGCAGGGAGUGCGUAAACUGCGGGGCUACCUCAACCCCCCUCUGGCGGAGAGAUGGCACCGGGCACUAUCUGUGCAAUGCCUGCGGGCUCUACCAUAAAAUGAACGGGCAGAACCGGCCCCUGAUCAAGCCCAAGAGAAGGCUGUCUGCAGCGAGAAGAGCAGGCACAUCCUGUGCAAACUGUCAGACCACCACUACUACUCUGUGGAGGAGAAACGCCAACGGCGACCCCGUCUGCAAUGCCUGUGGGCUCUACUACAAGCUGCACAAUAUUAACAGACCCCUGACUAUGAAGAAGGAAGGAAUUCAGACCCGAAACCGAAAAAUGUCUAGCAAAUCCAAAAAGUGCAAAAAGGUCCACGACAACCUUGAAGACUUCCCCAAGAGCAGCUCCUUCAAUCCCGCCGCCCUCUCGAGACACAUGUCUUCCAUCAGCCACAUUUCACCUUUCAGUCACUCUAGCCACAUGCUGACAACACCGACACCGAUGCAUCCGCCAUCCAGCCUCUCUUUCGGACCUCACCAUCCUUCCAGUAUGGUCACUGCCAUGGGUUAGAGAGACACUUCCCUGCUAAAUGCUUAAGGUCUCAAAAUGAGAUUUACUUUAUAUACUUGCAUUUUUGCAGGCACGCGGUUUAUCGAUUCGGAAGCCCCCCCGCCCCCCUCCCCCGCAAAAAAAAACAAAACAGAAGAGAAAAAAAGGGUGAUUUGAAGGCGUAAAAGCAAAAAAAGAAAAACAAAAAAACCCACAAAAACAAACAAAAAAAAGAAAAUAAAAAAGGUGAUGCUUGCCACUUUUUAAAGGAGCUCACUAUGGUGUCUAUGUAUUCUUAACCACUGAAUCUGGAUCCCAUUUGUGAAUAAGCCAUUCAGACUCACAUUCCCUACUGAACAGGGUUUCUAGUGCUGUGAAAAAAAAUGCUGAACAUUGCAUAUAACUUAUAUUGUAAGAAAUACUGUACAUUUGAGGAAGACUUUAUUGCAUCUGGGUAGCUGUAAAGAAGGGCAUGAAGGACUCCAAGAGACAAAAAAAUGUUAAAAAGAGGACGGGGAGGACAUUUUAAAGUAACGGACCAAGAAGAAUUGGGUCUAAUGAGCAAAUGGACAAAAACUGCUAGCCUCAUCUUCUGUCGGUGGCUGGCUCCAAAUGUUGGAUGCAUUAACUAACUAACUAACUAACUAAAUAAAACUGUAGGCAGAUCAUUCAUUCAAAGCAGCUGGCCUUUUUACGUAGGAAGUACUAAUGGUUUUCAGGGCAAUCAGUGUUAACAUACGGAUAUGCCAACGAGGGUUUUCAGAUAGCCAUUCUCCAGGCCUAUAUGCAUUGUGAACAAGUUCCUGUAAUUGUUGUUUGUAUGUAUAAUUCAAAGCACCAAAAUAAGAAAGAUGUAGAUUUAUUUCAUCCUAUUAUACAGACUGAAUGGUUGUACAAAUUUAUUUACUGCUAGUGAUAAGACCUGCUUUUUUUUUUUGUUUUGUUUUCAUAUUUUUUCCUCCUUUUUUUGAGAAUAAACUAGAUUAAAUUCUGUUGACUUAAGGUGUUUUGUGCUGUGGAUGGGGAGGGGAAUUCUUUUCCUUUUUCAUUUCAAUGAUUGUUUUUCAAUAGCUGCUGUGGGCAUGGGCGAUAUCCUGUCUCUUCCCACUCACGCCUCCAGCCAAUGCGAGGGUUGUGGCCAUUAAAUAAAUGACACGCAUGUUAGAGUAACCCGCCGUUCAGUUGUGUUACACGUCCCUGGACAGCCAGGGCACAUGGGCCGCAAACAGAUCUUCACCAGGGGAAGAUCUCUUUUACCUUACACCUGUGGUUGACAAUGAUUUGUUUAGCGGAGGGCUGGUAUAACCCAGCGUGGGUCCUCGGUGGGCUGGUGCCAGGACCCGGCUGCUGCCAGUGCCACCACUGCCACUGUAGAAGCUUAUGUUUCUGUCUUUGGAGAUCUUAGGUUUAAUCUCCUAGGAUAACCAAGGUAACCAUGAUAACAUUAGCCAUUUAGGGAGGUGCUUUUCAAGGCACAGACAACAAUUGGAUGCCUAAGUCCCUCGGCCUAUAGGCCCCAACACCUUAGAGGAAUCUUGUGCGGUAACAGGCUUCCCUUAUGUUUUGCGCUAGCAAUUGCUGCUUUAGCCCAGCUCCCUGUAUAGCGAUAACCUUCGAGACGCUGCACAUCCAGAGGCCGGAGCAAGCAUUACCUGUGCAGAGCCCCAUGCCUCCAAGAAAUGGGUGGAUCUCCCUGCAGAAGGAGGGCUGUAACGGCACGCAAAGGAUAGCAUAGCAAGCAUGAGGAAGGUUGGCCCUGACCAUCCUAAAACCACGCGCUUUGUUUGAAAACGGCAACCUUUAUGAGAAAA